AGUUUAAUACAUUCAUUAGGGCGUCUCGUUCGACCUGUUUGGAAUCUACACACAAUCAAAUUCUUAUUUCGGGAUAGAACUGAUGUUUCUUCUGUUCCUUUAGAUUGAUGACGAUCUUUGGUUGAAUCGUUUUGGCAAACGAGUGCCGAUAUUAUAUGGUGAUGAAUACUGCCCCUCCUCCACCUACACGACCAUUCGGCUAUUGACUUGGGAGCUUAUCUCGCAAUGGCGGAUUCGACCGGACAACAACGUCUGUACAGCUGCUUCAAGUGUGGGAAUCUAGUCUGUUGCCAUGAUGACAUUAUCUCCAAGAAUUUCCAGGCAAGCCGUGGCAGGGCGUUCCUGUUCUCACACGCCAUGAACAUAGUAGAAGGUCCCAAGGAGAACAGGAAUCUCAUAACCGGUCUCCAUGUGGUUUCGGAUGUAUACUGUGUCGAUUGCCAGGAGAAUUUGGGAUGGAAGUAUGAACGAGCGUACGAGGAAUCUGAGAAGUAUAAGGAGGGGAAAGUCGUGCUCGAAAAAUUCAAGAUUGUCAAGCAUAACUGGUAGUACCACAGACAGACGCCACUUCUCUAAUUCAUCAAAAGUCGAUUAAACGGUUAUCGCUUUCUUCCUACUUUGUACAGAAUGGUCAAAAAUGUAAAUUUCACGUCUUGGUGAUCCACAUAAGAGAUGGAUGAUCAGUUGGCCUGUCAAAUUACUAGACAGAUUGGUGCUUCAGAACUUGCAGCACUCAAGAACUGUUGGCCUGUCAAAUUACUAGACAGAUUGGUGCUUCAGAACUUGCAGCACUCAAGAACUUCAUACAUCUAAUUAAAACAAUCAGCAGGUCUUGCAAAGAACUAAGUUAAACUACAACUAAAGCAGUGGCUGAGUUGCUACCUGCUAAAGCCCGGCCAUGAAACCAUGAAACCUCCAAGGUCUCUCACCAUAGAGGCUGUGACUUUCGCUCAUGCUGCUCCUAAGCGUGGUAUUGUGCUCUAGUUUACUCAGUUUUUCGUUUUGUUUCAUGAAAUGCGAGUUUAAAAGGUACUUGCUGAAA